AUGAGUGAUUUAUGGCGUGUCUUUAACGAAAGACUUACUUCAGCAGGUUAUACUCUAAAAGAUUUAAUUGGGAAUGACAGUCUUUUUCAAAUUGUUGCUGAAGAAAUUUGUGGGUUUGCCCCUCAGCAAGUAAAUGAACUUUUCAAGGAAUGUAAAAUGUAUGAAAGAAAAGGAGGAAAAGUUGGAAAUAUUCCUCCUAUUAUUUCUUCUUCUUCUGGAGUUGGUGAAAAUAAUGAAGUCUUAUUAAAUGUUCCUCCACGUACGACGGCACCAUCUGGUUUCUCAGUUGAACCUUCCACUACUUCUCAACAAGGAGUUUUACAUACUUAUCCUACAACUGUGGUACUUUCACGGGCAGGUACUUUUCUUCGUCAUGUAAGUGGAAAUGAUACUUUAAUUUCUCCUCUAGAAGUAACAGAGAUUCCACGUUCACGUAAAUUAAUGCAAAGUUUUCGUGAACGAUUAGCGGCCAUGCAUAAACCUGUAGGUAGUAUAGAACUCUUAUGGAAAUUUUGUAGUCCAAAAAUGUUAGAUAAUUUAAAGAAUGGUUACCAAUUAAAAAAUUCAGAUGAUAAGGAUUUAUUAUGUUCUAGUGGAAUUGUUCUUUAUCGUGAUAAUGGAACUGCAGCACAAUUUCUUCAAGAACCUUUAAUGCAGUUAGUACGUCAAGGUUGGUCUCUUGUUGCAUUUGAUACCGCUGUUGGUAAAUCUCGUCGUCUUGAAGAAGAAGAAAUUCGACUUUUACAACACUUUCCUAUGGAAGAAUGUUUUAAUUCUCUUAAUAAUGAUGGUUAUGAUAGUAUUCGAGUUAUUCCUUGUAAUGCUUUUGUGGUAUUUCAUCGUGAUCAACUUAUUCCUCGUUUUGCUGUAAGUAUUCAAUCACCUGAUAUUCGUCAAUUGAAUUAUUCCAAUAUAGUGAAUAGUGUAGAUUCUUCACGAGAGCAAAAUUCUUUUAAAAAAGUGGAAAAGGAUGAAAAAAAUGAUAUUUAUUAUUCUAAUUCUUCUUCUUUACCAAGAGUUAUGAAAGAUCAAUUACAAGCUUUAAAUAAUUCUGAGGAUAAAACUUCUGAACCUUUUAAUAAUAAUAAUAAUAAUAAUAAUAAUAUUCCAUUUAUUUGUCAUAAACAUCAGGGGAAAGAGGUAGAAUUUUGGUCACCAGAAGAAAAAAGAUUACUUUGUAGUCAUUGUUUAUUUUAUGAAGGAUAUGGUAAAGAAAAUUGUGUUUUGGUGGUAGAAGCCCUUAAAGAUGAAGCUCAAAAACUUGAGCAAUGGGUACAAAACGCUUUAACCUUUACAAAUGAAAUUGGAACUGUAACUGAACUUUUCCAUUCUGCUGAAAAAGAUAUUAAUCGUAAUGAAGAAGAAAGAAGAGAAGAAAUUCGUGAACAAUUUAAACGUAUUCAUACAAAAUUAAAUUCUUUAGAAGGAGAUUUACUUGCCCAAGUAGAAAAUAAAAGUGGACAACAACGUCAUAUGUUACAAAACUGUUUUAAUAAUGUUCAAUCUAUUGUUCAUGAAGUAAAACGACUUAUAGAUGAUGCUAAAGGUCCACUUUCAAAAUACAAUUCUGGAAUUACGGAUUACAAAACAGCAGUGGCAUUAUUACGAGUUACGCAGUCCGCUUUUACUGAAUGGCGUCCAGUUCCUAUUCCCAUGUAUUCUGUUGUAAGCGGUUGGAAUCGUGAUAUUUUAGGAGAGAUGGAAGCUCUUUUAGAACCCGUGAGCGCUAUAGAAAACGAGGGACAAGUAGAGUUACCAGAAGCUGUAGAUGUUAACUACCUCAAAAACUAG